AUGUCUACUGUUUUACCUUUUCAAGAUGGGAUGCAGCUAGGGAUGGGUUUUCGAUCUCUAGACCAUUCACUCGGUCUAUGGGAGGCUGUUACCGUUGAAACAAGUGACCGUGAGACAGAUCCCAAUCAGCGUAUUGAAUACUCAGCGAAAUGCACAACCAACCAGGCUGAGUUGGCAAGUGCACUGGACGUUUCUGCUUCACUCGCCAUCAGUAAGGGAGCUUUCAAUCUGAAGGGGGCUGGUGCUUUCAUGAAGAAGUCAACCGUCUCGUCGGCAUCGUUGAACUUCAUCGUUAAAGUCUUUGUCAAGAACAGCUACAAGGGUUCGGGAAAGGCGCCGACGUUCAACUGGCGCAAGCUCAAAACGCCCGAGCAAAAAACGGACGAGGAAACAGCCUAUGGCGAAUUUUACAAAAUAUAUGGAGAUCGAUUCAUCGCCGACAUCCUACAAGGGGGACAGUUCGUCGGCGUCGUAAGCUUCAAAACGCGCAGCUCUCAGGAGACAAUGGAGAUCAAAGCCAAACUCGAGGGCGGUAUGGAUGGUAUCCAGGUGAAGGGAGCUGGCUCAUAUACAAGCAGCGACCUGGCGAAGGUGUCAGUUUCAGAUGUAAACGUUAUCUCCACGGGAGCGGUGGGUGUCAAUAAAGAAGCCAAGCAGUGGGAUAUGGCCCUCAUGCUCCAAGAAGCUUCUAAAUUCCCAGGAAACGUCGCUAAAAGCAGAGCCUCAGUAGCUGUGGUCAUCCAGGAGUACACGAGCUUACCUUCUUUUAUUGGCUCCAAGGAAUUCGACUACAAGACAUGGGUACUUCCCCAAAAUACCGCAGAGACGCAGAUGCAAGCUCUGCUUGAUGAUUUCUCGGAAUAUGAGAAACUCAACGAAGUGCUCGUGAAGGCGAUUGAUGACGUGAAUGCUGGUCAAGCUUCUCUAACUCCGACAAAAGCCAACGGCGCUUAUGAGGCUACCCUGACAGGUUUGCAGACCGCUGCUGACGCCGUUCCGAAAGCACAAACUAUCAUUCAGGAGAAUUCUAGUAUUUUACGAAAAAAACCAGGCGCUACCAAGAAAGACGGAGUCACGGAAUACGAGUCACCUUUGACCUUCAGAUCCAGAGUGCCCGUCAUCACCCCUCUGAAUGCUAGACCUAACAAGCCUGACUUCGGAAGUGGUAUAGCAAUGUGUGCGUUCACGGAUAGCAAUUCCAAACUUCGGGCAUAUAUUUUCUGGCAAGAUGCGACUCACGCAGUCUGGUCUAGCGCCUUUGUGGAUACGGCAUGGACUGUCGCAGACAAGCCCGUGAUAGUUUCGGCAAGAGCUAAUACACCGCUCGCAGCUUGUUGCAGUACCGAUGGCAAAGAAGUAUCAUUGUUCUAUUUCACUCCUCAGGGUGACCUGAGUCAGAGAAGGUACAGCGGUGACGAGUGGUACGAAGGAGAAAUCCUCGACCAGAUGAAAGCUACGACACCCGACAAUAAACCGCAUAUUUGGAGCAAAGUUGAGGCAUUCUCAGGGGUGAACAACAAAGUCCCAAACAGUAUCUGGGUCUUCUAUCAGAACUCUGCAAUGAACUUGGUCAAUGCUUGGUUUUCAGCUGGGGCCAAAACUUGGAAUUUCGACACUGUCAAAGGUUGUACCAUGAGCCCAGGAACUUCCUUAGCCGCAGCAUCCUUCACAACCAAGAACGAAAAUGAUACAGAGACGUUCUUCGUGUCAUGGCACGGGGGUGAUAAUAUUAUUUAUGGACUCGACUAUACAGGUGGUGGCCAGUGUUGGGGCACACCGUAUCGGAUACUGGAUCGCCCAGUGCCACUCGACGCCAGUCUAUCAGCUUUCAACGCCGGAGACAGGCAUGUGUACGUGAUUGUCAGCAGCGUGGACAAUAGUCUUCUGACGCUUUCGCGUAACGGGGCCAAUCCUAGCUUCUCCAACGAAUCAGUAGUCACUCACGGCAUCAAGGGCGGUGAUGUUGCUGCUGUUAGUUGGCAGAGCGGAAGUGCCAGAGUCGUGACACAGGUUCGUGACAGCAGGGACCUGAAUGAGUUUGUUCUCAGCGACAAUAAAUGGACACCUGCUGGAAUCGCAAACAAGUCAUAA